AUUGAGUUAAACAACAAACGAACAAUUUGCAACAUUUUUUUUCGUCCACUGUUUGAUGAUAUAUUGCUGAGUGUUUUAUUUUAUUUAUCAUAACCAGAGAAAGAAUCAUAUCACGAUCAUGAGGGUGAAGGUCAAUAUACAUGUCCGAGAACACUUGUUGACGAUUCUCACAGUCAGUGCAGUCGUGUGUGGAGUAAUUGCUGGAAUUAUUGUAAGAGCGGCUGGUUUGCAUGAAAAUGAAGAGAAAUUCCAUCCACGAACUGUCAUGUAUGUCAACUUUAUCGGCGAUAUCUUCCUUCGGAUGCUUAAAGCAUUGAUUCUUCCUUUGAUCGUAUCGUCUCUGGUCGCCGCUGUUGGUUCUUUGGACAUUUCUCUUUCAAAACGUAUUGGAACAAGAGCGAUUGCUUAUUACAUGCUUACAACCGUCCUAGCAGUUUUACUUGGCAUCAUCCUUGUGUCAAUCAUCCAACCUGGCCGUGGCGGAGUUGAUCCAAAUGACGACAGACCUAAACCAUCAACAAGAGCUGUAACAACAGCUGAUACAAUGCUCGACUUGGUCAGAAAUAUUUUCCCUCCGAAUCUUGUACAAGCUACGAUUCAACAGUAUCAGACAGAACUGCAGAAUAACUCAAAACCCGAUAUGAGUGAUUGGGAUAUUAAAGGAAGAUUCACUGAUGGAAUGAACAUCAUGGGAUUAGUCGUCGCUUCGGUUGUUUUUGGUAUUGCAAUCUCAUCAGCACGACAACAAACGAGAACUUUACUGAUGGUCUUCAAUGAACUCAGUCAGACGAUGAUGCGAAUUACUGGUUGGGUGAUUUGGUUGAGUCCAAUUGGUGUUUUCUUCUUAAUUCUUUCCAAAAUGAUGGAAAUGAAGAAUGUUGUGGACGUUUUCGCCAAACUUGGACUUUAUUUGUUAACUGUUUCUGGUGGAAUUUUAUUCCAUGGUUUUGUCAUCUUGCCCUCGAUCUUUUUCCUUGUCACACGAAAAAAUCCUUUGAAAUUUAUUGGAAAUAUGGGACAAGCAAUCGCAACAGCUUUUGGUACUAGCAGUUCAUCAGCGACACUUCCAGUGACAAUUCAAUGCCUUGAACAAAAUAACAAAAUUGAUUCACGAGUAUCGAGAUUUGUCUUGCCAAUUGGUGCGACAAUCAACAUGGAUGGAACUGCACUUUAUGAAGCUGUAGCUGCAAUUUUCAUCGCUCAACUCCGAGGUGUUAAUAUGACUUUGACGAAAAUUUUCGCUGUUAGCAUAACAGCAACUGCUGCUUCAAUUGGAGCUGCUGGAAUUCCACAAGCUGGUCUUGUGACUCUUGUUAUGGUUCUUGACACUGUUGGUUUACCUGCUGAAGAUGUUUCACUUGUCAUUGCUGUCGAUUGGAUUCUCGAUAGAAUCAGAACUGUCGUGAAUGUUCUUGGUGACUCGUUUGGUGCAGCCAUUGUCGAACAUUUCAGUAAAAAUGAAAUCAAAGCGAUUCCCGAUUCAAUUACCAUAAAUAACAACCUUCAAAAUGGAACAUCAUUGACAGUCUUACAAGUUGAAGAACGAACUUCAAGUGGAUUAAAAGGUCGUGACAACGCAGUGUUUGAUGAACGAAUGUAAAUUUCUUGACAAUGUCCAGUGACAAAAAAUGUGAUGAAUUUUUUACUUCAAUUUUUGUCUGUUUGCAUGCGCAAAAGUUGAAUUUCAAGUAAUUUAAAUCUUUUUAUACACUUUAAGAAUUUUCAUAGGUUUUAAGGCAAUCACAAUUAAUUAGAUAGAUGAGCUUAAAUAUUAACGAAACUAAUUUCUGAAUCGUUAAAAAUAAAAACUACCUAUUUUUAAAGUUAAA